UAUGGUUUGGACACGUACGUAGCGCACCGGACAGGGGUUUACGACAUGUAUUAAUAGUGCAUUUAGUUCUUGUAUGCUGAACUUGACACCAUGCCCGGAUUAAAUCCUCGUGCUGUUUAAUGCUUCAAAAAUUAACAUACAUUUUAACCCUGGCCUUUGAAUCACUUCCGACUCCCGAUAUUCUUCGAAUACGAUGUACACAAAAACUGAGUCCUGUAUUCAAACUACUUAUAACUUUCGGUGUUUCUCGAAUACACUACAUACAAAAAAAUACCAGCCGAUACUUCUUCAGGAUGAUUUGCACGACUACCAGAAAUGUCAUAUAGACCUUUAGCUCUAAGUAAAUAGAAAACUUAGACGAAACAAGAUUUUAUCUAUUUUAGCCGUUUUACUGAAAGCAAGUGCUUUCCCAAAAUAGAAAGUGUUUUGACAACCAGCUCGUCGAUUGAUAGUCUUCGAAGAUCAUUAAGGAAAAUAAAUAGCGUAUAGUCGAUCGCAUUUUAUAAACAACUCGUGCUUGAUUUUCUGUACUCCAUUGAUUGCAAUCGUAACACAGCAUCUGUAAGUAUAAAGACUUCAUUUAUUCACAUAGGUUGUGUACUAUAUGUUUGAAUCUGAGCAUUAGCGUUCGUAAUUAAUUGUAGAUUUUUUGUACGACGAAAUGUGCGAUUACGCAAAGCUUCUCAAGUACUAGUACCUCGUACUCCAGUAGUGUUUGUUUCCCGCACUAGUCUGCAUAUUUUUGGCUACUUGUUAAACAAAGUAAACGUAACUUUAGUCAGCUAAUAAGCAUAUCCAUAGUAUGACUACCAUUACCUUUCAAAGACCCUGUGGCUAAUAUCAUCCCAAUGACAUCUGAAACUUUGUCCCAAAUGAACCGCCAAAGAUCUUCUGCAAAUAACCUCGGACCUGAUCGACGCUGUUCCGCCGAUUUGUUUAAUCCACGGACCCCGACAACCCUAGGCGUUUAGUUAUUAUCGUCAAAAGGCGCGUGUGGUUACGACGACAAUCUCAACAAAUGAAUUAAGGAAAACGGUGGUGAACUGUGAUAAUUGUAAAAACACGUUUGUCGAUGUUCUGUAUUACCGAACUGGAAUUCGUUACUAGGUUCUUUCGGAAGGGUAUUUUACGACAUUAUCUUUGUAUAUAAUUUCUUCGCCCACAUCGCUCAACAGUCGUGUGACGCUCAGGACAAUGGCUGAUGUUCAAAAGCACUCGGUACACACGCUUGUGUUCCGUUCGUUGAAACGUAGUCAUGACAUGUUCAUAUGUGAGGAGGGCGCCUUGCCCCCUAUUGAUGAGAAAGCGCACAAAUUGCGUGUGGGAACUAAAGGCAGAGACGAGUACGGGCCAGUGAUGCAUCUCGUCAGUGAGGGUUCCCGUCAAAGAUCGGUUAGCUCUACGACCAAUAGCGGUGCUCACAACAAAUCAGACGCUGGAAGCAGCGAUAACUCCUCUGGGCCUUUGGUUCUCGCCGGACAAGGCAAUAUUGGGAACCAGCAACAACUGACUGCUCAGAUGUUGAAAAAACCUUCGAUUCCGAAGCCUACAUGGCACCCUCCAUGGAAGCUGUAUCGUGUUAUCUCCGGGCACACUGGCUGGGUGCGCUGCGUAGCAUUCGAUCCAACUAACGAAUGGUUCUGCACCGGUUCCAACGACCGUAUCAUCAAGAUCUGGGACCUGGCCAGUGGGAAACUUAAGCUAUCCUUAACAGGACACAUUUCGGGCGUACGCGGACUUGCUGUCAGUCAACACCACCCAUACUUGUUUAGUUGUGGCGAAGACAAACAGGUGAAAUGUUGGGAUCUUGAGCAAAACAAAGUUAUAAGGCACUACCAUGGCCAUCUCUCAGGCGUGUAUACGAUUGGCUUACAUCCGACUAUUGACAAUGUGAUCAUCACUGGUGGACGGGAUUCGACUGCUCGUGUAUGGGACAUGCGGACAAAGGCCAAUAUUCAUGUCCUAUCCGGACACACAAAUACGGUGGCCAGUGUCCUUGUUCAGGCCACUGAACCGCAAGUUGUGUCAGGGAGUCACGACUCAACAAUACGGCUUUGGGACAUCGUUGCAGGUAAAACCCGCGUAACGCUAACACACCAUAAAAAAUCCGUUCGUGCGCUUGUACUUCAUCCGAAGUUGAACAUGUUCGCUUCUGGAGCGCCAGACAACAUCAAGCAAUGGAUGUGUCCGGAUGGGAAAUUCAUUCAGAAUCUAAGUGGGCAUAAUACGAUUGUCAAUUGCCUAGCAAUGAACGAGGACGGUGUUCUUGUGUCAGGAGGUGAUAACGGCUCGCUUCAAUUUUGGGACUGGAAAACGGGUUACAACUUCCAGAAACUAACAACUCCAGUACAGCCAGGUUCGAUCGAUAGUGAAGCUGGAAUUUUUGCUAUGAGCUUUGACCUGUCAGGAACACGGCUAGUAACCUGCGAGGCGGAUAAGACAAUCAAGAUCUUUAAGGAAGAUGAGACCGCCACCGAGGAAACGCAUCCGAUCAACUGGCGACCUGAGAUUAUCCGACGAAAAAAAUUCUAAAACCAAAGUCAAUGUCUUCCGGCUUAUGCCGCCCAAAGUAUAAAAAUACACUGUAUAUCGUGAUUGACCCACAGCACUUUUGAAUACAGCUCAAUUAGGCCAGGAUCAGCUGGCAUAUAUGUAACAAAUGUAUAUUAUGAAA